CCUGAAACUGCUCGCAGAGAGUCGAGGCGUCGUCGUUACAGCGAAGACACGGGGAGGCAGACUCAAAUCUGCUGUUGUGGUGUUGGAAAAUCUCUCUUCAUACAUGUGGCAGCCGCACGAAUGCUGUGCCACAGCAGAGAACUAAGCAGGGCCUGACUUUAUGUUCUGUCCUUCACUGCUUCAGUAGCACGCUUGGUCGAGUAGCUGAUCACGAUAAUAAUACUUGACUUUUAGCAAAGAUAACAGUUUGAGAAGUUCAUAUCAAACCUAAUAGUAAUAGUACUAGACGCUGUUUGGAAGUCUCACAUUGGAAGCUCACACACAUCGCUGCUCAGAAUUUUAUGUUCUAUGAACCUAGCUUGAAGGUGGGUGCGUUCCUGGACGCUGCGUGCUGCAGUACGACUGUUUGUUAGGAGAGUGCAAGCCUCCUCGACAAACAGGCAACAUGGCUGAGGCUCGCUCUGGUACUCAGCAGCCGUCGCUGACUCUGCAAGCAGGUCUGAACGUUACCCCCCUAGUCGACUUUGCAAGAGCAACGCGCCGUUCUUUCAUACGCAAUUCAUUUCGAGUCAGAAACCGUGUGCGUGACAAUCUGUGGCCGCUUUCAGCAUGGUACUUAUCUAUGUUGCUGCUUGUUGUGACGGCAAUGGUGAUUGAAGAGCUGCAUUGCCCUACCUUCUUGCUAGCAGCGUUCGUCUACGUGAAAAACUUCCUGCAGCUGGACAACAAGAGUGAUGACUAUGUUCAUUUGUCACGGCCAUCACAAGUUGUUAUUUGUGCUGCAGUCUUUGGUGUUGUGACACUUAUUCUCCUGGCCUUGGUCAGGCAGACUGCUCUCAAGAUCUUACUCACUUGGAAAGGAUGGCUGUAUCAAGAGCCAGGAAAGAAGAAAGGCAACGUGGUGUUGAUGUUGUGGGGACUAGCAGUGCGUCUGUUUACAGGCCCCAACCCCUCACUGUACAGUUUCCAACGCUGUCUGCCUCGCUUGCAUGUACCUCCGCUAAACGCCACCAUGACAAAGUUUCUUGCUUCUAUGCGUCCGCUGCUUAGCAAAGAGGAACACGAUUCAUUGACUGUACAGGCGCAUGAGUUUGAGAAAGGCCAUGGCAUCCAGCUGCAACGUAUUCUCUGGUUGAAAUCCUGGUGGGCCAGUAACUACGUUUCAGAUUGGUGGGAGCAAUAUGUAUACAUGAUGGGACGCUCAUCCAUCGCUGUAAACAGCAACUACUAUGCACUGGAUCAGUAUAACUUCAUUCCAACCCAGAAUAGAUCGGCAAGGGCGGCUGGUGUCAUCUGGUUAAUUGCAAACUUCUAUGAUCAAAUUGAACAUGAGGGCAUGAAGCCGCUACGCAUUCAAAACCUCAUUCCACUUUGUAUGGAGCAGUAUGCUCGUUGCUUAGCAACCACUCGAAUCCCAGGAAAGGAGAUAGAUCACCUUCGCCAUGUGGACAAGGCCAAGCACAUAGUCUUCUUCUACCGUGGAAUGUACUUUCGGGUGGAACUUUACGACAAGAAACGCCAGCGCUUAUCACCACGGGAACUGCAGUAUCAGAUUGAUGAGCUUGUCAAGCUGGUGGAGUCAGGUGGUGAGAAGAGCGCAUGUGGUGAUGUAGCAUCCCUGACCGGAGCUGAUCGUAUCACAUGGUAUGAAACAAGGCAGAUGAUGUUACAGAGCACGACUAACAAGAAGACACUGGAAGAGAUUGAAACAGCCAUGUUCUUUUUUUCACUACGUGAUGAGUCACCGCAAACACUGGCGGAGCGCUGCACAGAAGCCUUUCAUGGUGAUGGUCGGUGUGUGUGGUAUGACAAGAGUCUCAGCGUCUCCAUCUACGCCAAUGGUUUGGCCAGCAUGAAUGUGGAACACUCGUGGGGUGAUGCUCCAGUGAUAGCUCACAUGAUGGAGUGUAUCUAUCCUGCUGAGUACUUCACUGCAAUGUACAAACCGAAUGGAGAUUGUGCUGAGCGAUGGCCGAGUGACCACAUUACCUGGCCAAAACGCAGAGACCAGCUACACAAACCCAGACAGUUGUUGUGGCAGCUUACUCCCGCCAUUGAGAGAGUUAUCGGUGACAGCUUGUCAUUCCUUGCCAAUGCCAAAGAUGAAAGCAUGUUCAACUUGUUCGUCUUCAAUGAUUACGGCAAAAAGUUCAUCACCCGCACUGCUAAGUGCAGUCCAGACAGCUAUUUGCAGAUGGUUCUACAGGCUGCAUACUACCGAGAUGCUGGAGAGUUUGUACUGACCUAUGAGCCAGCAAUGACACGGUUAUUCCGCAACGGCAGAACUGAGACGAUACGCACUGUCACGGAGCAAUCUUGCCAAGCUGUCCGAUCUAUGUCAUCAGAGAAGCUAGCUGCUAAGGACAAACACAGGCUACUGAUGCAAGCAUGUGAGGCUCACCAGAAAAUGAGUCGCAAUGCAAUGGCUGGCAAUGGCGUUGAUCGUCAUCUGUUCGCACUCUAUGUUGUCUGCAAAGGACUUGGACAGGAGAGCGAGUUCCUCAAGAAAAUGCUCAGUUAUCCAUGGACGUUGUCAACAAGUCAACAGCCCAUGUCGCAGAUGUCUGGGAAUAGCUUUGACUUGGAUGAUCCUGUAACACAAGGACAGAUUCCACUUGCCGGUGGAUUCAUGGCUGUAGCUGAUGAUGGCUAUGGAGUUAGCUACCAGGUAGUUGGGCAGGGUCGUCUACAUUUCCAUGUUGGCAGCACAAAGAGAAGUGUGGAGAAGACCAAUGCCAAUCGCUUUGCUCAGCACAUCCGGCAGGUCUUGCUGGACUGGAAGACUAUCAUUGACGACGCCACAGCCACAGGCAACUGUUCUAAAUAAGGUAUCUCUCAUGUGACAAGGUUACCGGCAUGGUGAAGUGAGGGUGUAUUUUGGCAGUGCACAGGGACCACUACAACUCCAAUGCUUAGUUAUGCGAGUAGUUUUACACCAUUAUCAAUGUGUGCAAACAUAUUGAUAUUGCUGUGGUGUUAGUGGUUCAAACAUAUUGAUAUUGCUGUGGUGUUAGUGGUUCAAACAUAUUGAUAUUGAUGUGGUUUUAGUGGUUUAAACAUAUUGUAUUGGUGUGGUUUUAGGGGUGUUCAGAGUUCUAAAGUAAUACUAGUAUUAUGUCUGUGUUUUCCUUAGGUGUAGUUUUGUUUGUGCGUGUGUGGCAGUGAUGUGAACAUAUGGGAAACAUUAUACAUAGACUUUGUUACAUAGCCAUAUAUCUUGCUCUAUAUUAUUACGUCUUACUGCUGUGGCCACCUUGCUGGUGUGACCACCUUGCUGAUGUGGCCACCUUGGGUGAUGUGGCCACCUUGCUGAUGUCACCACCUUGCUUAUGUGGCCACCUUGCUGAUGUGGCCACCUUGCUGAUGUCACCACCUUGCUGAUGUGGCCAUAGUGAGUGAUAGCAAUGCACCCCUCUGCAUAGUGCUGCUCUAGGCAAUCUAAACUGCACCGACAGAUUGAUUUUGUACUCAGCAUCCUGGCCAGUGGUCGGUUGGUGAUGUACCGAAUCAUGGUCUGGCAAACUACACAUAUACCAGGUGUACUAUACAUUCUUGUAUCAUUGUCACCAACAUGUCUUGUAUCAUUGUCAACAACAUUUCUUGUAACAUUGUCAACAACAUUUCUUGUAUCAUUGUCAACAACAUUUCUUGUAUCAUUGUCAACAACAUUUCUUGUAGCAUUGUCAACAACAUUUCUUGUAUCAUUGUCAACAACAUUUCUUGUAGCAUUGUCAACAACAUUUCUUGUAUCAUUGUCAACAAUGCCUACAUCACCAACACAAUCAUAGUCAACAUUACGGAGAGACUGAAGUACUACUACAUGUACUGUCGUGUGUGCAACAUGUGUAGAGUACACUUCCAUGGAUAUUCCUGUUGUGGGCAGCUGACAUUAAAUUAUCAAUAUGCCCAUAAUGGCAUCUCCUUUCUCAUACUUCGAAGUAGCUGCUUCCAUUGUUUAAUACCAUUACUUUUUCUGCG